GGAAACAGUACAUCUCUGUCUUUGGGUAUAAAUGUCUGAGAAUUUGGAAGAAACAAAUUUUGACUACAUUGUGCUAGGAACUGGCUUGAUUGAGUCUAUUUUGGCUGGUUCACUAGCAAGAGCCGGUAAAAAGAUACUUCAUUUGGAUAGCCAACAAAGCUACGGUGGCAAUUGGAGAGUUUUUGGUUUCAGGGAAUUAGUACAAUGGUUUGUUGAUAUGAAAAAAGUGAUGGGAGAAUCAUUGAUUGAAGGUGACUUGAGUGUGGACUAUGAGAGAAACUAUGCUUCCAAUUUUCGUAACGUCGAGCUGAAUUUGUUUGCUAAAAAUGUUUCGGAAGAGGACACCACAAAGGAGGAUUUAUGUGCAAAGAUAUCUGAUACUGAUAAGGAUUUAUUCAAAUCUUUUUUUAAAGACUCCAGUGAAGCUACAGCUGAGAUGAAACUGUUUACGGAAUUACUUAAGACUUCAAGAUCAUAUAAUUUGGAUUCCACCCCAAAGCUAUUAGGGUCCCGGGAUUCAAUGGUCGAGACUUUGAUUACGAGCGGUGUUGGACGAUAUUUGGAGUUCAAAAGCGUAGAUGACAUCUAUAUAUAUGAACAAGCCUCAAAUACAUUAGAAAAAGUUCCGAGCUCAAAAGAAGAUGUUUUUACCAACAAGUCGAUUAGUCUUGUAGAAAAGAGAAAGUUGAUGAAGUUUUUUACUUUCGCCAUGGAUUAUGAUGUAACCGAUGCUUUACUGGAAGGGACAGAGAAUAUGACUUUUGUCAAUCUUCUUCAAGAAAGAUUUAAAAUUACAGGGAAAUUAGGGGAGGCUAUUAUCUAUGCCAUCGCCAUGGUCGAUGAUAAAGCUUCAGCUAAAAACGGGCUUCAGAACACACAAAAAUUUGUACAAUCAAUGGGCCGAUUCGGAAAAGGUGCCUAUCUCUGCCCACUUUACGGUGGUGGUAGUGAAAUUGCUCAGGCUUUUUGUAGAGUGUGUGCUGUGUACGGUGGUAUUUACAUUUUAGAUCAAUCUUUGAUGAAAUAUACAGUGGAUAAUGAGACAAAAGAAAUAAAUGGAAUUGUCACGAAGGAAGGACAGGAAUACAAGUCAGGAAAGAUAAUUUCGGGUAUUGAUUACUUGAACUCAUCAUGGACACCACAGGAAAAAGACUUUGGUACCUGGAUAUCGAGAGCUAUGCUUGUAACAUACUCUCCUCUCGCAAGUGCUAAUAUUGAAGCGUUUACAGCAGAUGGAUUAAGCUAUUCAGUAUUUCCUCCUGGAAGUGAGGCCGGGAACUCAGACGGACCUAUUUAUGGUAUUCACCAAAGCCAAGAGAGUAUGGCUUGUCCUAAAGGCCAAUAUGUGACUUAUUUGUGGAGCACAUCCCAAAAAAGUGAUGUUCUUAAGAAGGCUGCUAAAUUAUUACUUUCGAAAACAACUGAUGAGACACAAAUUGAAUGUGUAUUCAAUUGUUUUUAUGAACAGCGUGUUCAUAGUACAAAGGGAGAAGGAUGGGCCCUUCCAAAGACUAUUAUACCAUGCAGUGAUCCAGAUGCAUCACUGAAUUUUCAAAGCGCAUCAGAGGAAGCUGAAAAAAUCUUUCGCCAAUGUGAGCCUGAAGCCGAAUUUAUGCCAGCGGGGGAGCAGGAUCCCGAAGAGGAUUAUUAAAUAAACAC